AUGAGUUUCUAUUGGGCGAAGGCGCUGAACACGAAUGAGCCAGCGAAUGGUCAACAGCAGUCGCAAUUGCAACAGCCAACGCAGCAACAACAAACCAAUUGGGACAAUAUAAACCUGGGAGGUGCUCAACCUCAGCAAAACCAAUGGGGACAGCACUUUCAGAGUAAUAAUACGGUGCCAAAUAAUCCGCAGCAACCUCAAAAUCACGGGUUUAACUACAACCAGUACCCUCCUACAAACCAGUACAACGUGCAAACUGCAGAUAACCAUAACGCCCCAAAUAAUCAAAUUAACACAUACAAUUAUGCUGCACAUACACCUAUUUUGGAAAAUGUGGCGAUGCCGGAAGCGCCUGAAAAUAAUCAGCAGCAAUAUUACCAGGCCUACCACACUCAUGAGCAGCAUGCUCAGCAGCAACAAAGACUAGCCGAUGAGCAGCAACAAGGAGCUCAACAGCAAAAACAAGCUGAAGAACAGCAGCAACUUGAAGCUCAAGCGCACUUCGAAGCCGCGCAGCAGCAAAAAGCCCAAACGCAAUAUGAAGCGCAGCGCCAAGAAGCUCUUCCUACGCAUGAAGCUGAAAACCAACAACAGGCUCAAGCGCAGAAAUAUUGGCAAGAACAACAACACGCUCAGCAAUACUAUGCUCGGCAAUACCAGGAGCAUCAAGAAAAAUUGAGACAUUCUGAAGGAAACGAGAACAAUCAUUCAUCUGCUACACCGGCAGUCGUUCAAAUCGCGCCGGUUCCAAAAGAAACUAAGGAAGUUGAACUGACUGUCGAGGCGAAGGAUUCUGAAGAUAGUGAAGAGAAAACGAAAGUGACACCAACAUCAUCGGAGGAUGAUUGGGUCAAAACCGAUAUUUUCGAAAAUGAUGGUAACAAAAAGAUUGAUGCAGGAAAUCAAGAACAUUUGAAUCCGCCUUCCUCAGGAACAUCGUGCUCUCCAAUGGGAAACUCGGAACAAAAUUCCGUUGAUAUGUUGACCGAUGCAGCAGCGGCGAAUAAUUCUUGGAUUGAUGAAGUCAUUGAUAAUUCCGGUGAAAGUUCAGAGAAAGAGCAGGAAACGAAUCAACCUUCUAAGAAGCUUCAACAAAAGAAAGAGAAAUCACCGGCGGCCAAUGAGAAAAAAUCACCGGAGCCAGUUGGAAACAAUGACACUUUAAAGAAUAUUAGUGAGCCAAUUGCAACAAGCACUCCAAAAGAUGAUUUAAAGGAAAAACGUGGCUCUAUAACAUCACAAACUUCACACCGUACUGAUGCAGACAAAACUCGCGUGAAAUCUGAUGAUGAAACGGCUUCCGUGAGAACUAAUGAUGGUGUCGACAACUUUCAGCGAAGCGCUAUUCGUGCGAGUUAUCGCAACUAUCGCGAGCAGUAUAACCAUAUAUGGAUGCGAUUGAAUGGUCAUCGAAUUGAAGCCCAUCGAACGGAAUUCCGGCCAUCAUCAAAAAUGGCGAAUCCGUUGUUGGCUGCUGCUGGAAUCACAAACGGAUCAAUUCGCAAUCAGCCAAGUCAACAGUUUGCUCAAGGACAAGGAAGAAACGAAGGACGAUCAUCGGUCCCGCUGUUCCUAUUACAAUCCCGUAGCUUCAAUGAAGAUCCGCGAAGGUCGAUGAGAGUGAAUGGAAGUCGACCAUCAUCGAGGCAAUCGGGUGUAGCGAACACAACUCGCGAAAAUUAUGGAGAACAUUCGGGAUGGAGAAGAUAUGGCUACAACAAUGGUCGAGAAACUGUGACAAAUGUACCCUACCAUGAUUACUACGAUCAAGGUUAUGCGCCCGAGUAUAGCACAAUGCCUCAUCAGAAUAAUACAACACCACCGGAGCAAUUCUGUGAUUUCUAUGAAAGCGAUGAGUCGCUAGACAGAGAAAGUGAUGAUGAGCUUCGUCAAUACAAUUCUCCUCAAAAGCAUGUGCCGAUGUACCCAGUCACUGGCGAGGAACGCUAUUAUCUUGGAAUAGCUCAACUGAAUAUGCAUAUUGUUGAUUCAAUCACCCAAUCGUUGCCGCUUCCUCCAAAAUUCUAUAAUCUCACCGCUCUUGAAAAAGCGGCGUUCAUUUACUACAGCUACGUCUACCGAGCUCAUUAUAAGGAUGUUGAUGAGUUUCAUAAAAGAUUCAAUAGGGAGUUCUACAAAUAUGUGUGCGAUGGAGAUAGCAAAGAGAAGUCACUGGCAAAGGUAUGCCGAUCGAUAAGCAUUCAACAUCAAGCGAGGAUGGAAGAAAUCAAAAAGAAUCUUGUCCAAUCCCACCGGCCAAUUUUCAGCGAUGAUAGUGUCGAUGGACAAAGUGAGAGUUCGAUAAGUCGUGAUAAGUACGAUGGUUAUGAACCUCCAAGCAAUGGACCAAUGAAGUUCUCUUACCCUCAUGCGUUCUUAAACUUUGGACCUGGAGGUAAAACAAUAGAUAUUCAGCCAGGAGAAUCGAUCUCUGUCGUCAACAUUGAUGUGGUUGUUAACGUUGUAAAAGAUCAUUUCUCUAUGGGAUUGGAAUCUGAUCUUAAAGCGUUUAAAGGUCCACUCAAUCCGCAACUUCAUGAGCUCCACACCGUCCGCGCUUAUGUCGACAAGCAGAUCAAUGCCAUCAAGAACUCUGAGGUGGCGCUCGAAAACCCAAAGGAUAAUGAUGUUGUUGAUGCAUUGCUUAUUUGGGAGCUCUUGGCAACUCUAUUACGACAAAGAGGGGCAAUCACUGGCCCCGACGUUGCUGAGAUUUUGAUGAGAGUUACGGAUGAGAAAAUCCCUGUGCAGAAUAUCCAGCAGCCUGCUAAUCCUGCUGCUGCGAUUGCUGAAUAUACAAAACUAUUGCUUGGUGGUCAUGUUCUCGAAGCCAUCGAGUCUGCCAUGCAGAACAACCUUCACGCUGAUGCAUUGCUUCUCGCACGGCGACUUCAUCCAAGGAAUUCGGACGCGAUGGUUGCUAGAAUUGAGGCACAUAUGCUUCAAAGUCGUUCAAUGUGUCAUCCAGUAACAACACUUGCUGCUGUUGCAAGCGGAGAUUACCCAGCAUUCUUUGACUCCUUGCCCUUAGAUGGAGAAUCCAGCUGGAGAACCCAUUUGGCAAUCAUUUUAGCAAAUUUGGGUGGAAACGAGGCAGCCUUCAAGGCUCUUUUUUAUUUAGCUAGAACUCUUGCAAAACGGGAUUAUAAUAACGCUGCUCACUUCUGCUUCCUAGUCCUUUUCGCUUUGUACAAUGUUGACGUGUUUGGGCCUGCCGAUGAAACAAAACCCGAGGAACAAGAUCGACCAUAUAUCACUCUGAUCAGCUCGGGAAUUCCGGAUGACAUUGAUAUUGGAACACUUAACUUGGGAUUCUCGCUUAUGGAUUUGCAUGCAACAGAGGUGCUGGACUAUGUCAUGCACUUGAAAGAUCAAUCACUUCAAGAAAAUCAAGUGCGGUUACAAAAUGCGUUCGAAUAUCAGAAAGCUCGCAUUGAAUAUGCUAAAGUGCUAGCCAAAUAUGGUUUUGCUUCUCAUGCUAAUAGAUAUAUUGUUGAUGUUUUGCGGGCGAUUUGGGAUAAUGCCGCAAAAUUCGAUCGCAAUAAAUUGCUUCACAUUUGUGAACUUGGUCUUGAUAUUGGACAUGCUGCACAAUCAACCGAUUGGGAUCGUCAAGUCAUUGAGCUUUUCAAAACUAAUUUGGAGCAAAUUGAUGUAACGAAAGCCCAACAACAUCAGCAAAUUCCGCAGCAUGAACAACGGCAACAAUCUCAAGAAAUUGUUCCAGAACUUGGUUCCAAUUUUAAUACGCAGCCAAUCACUGAGUUCACACAGACCGGAAUCCAUAUGCAAUUGAACUCUUAUCAAUCUUCUGGAGCAGCAACCCACAAAUGUUCGCCGAAGCAUGAACAGAAUUCCUGGCAGGAAAGUUCCCUUCAAACUGAACGACACAUGGAUGACAAAGAGAAAGAUAUAUUGCCGCCAAACCAAUAUACACCACAAACACCAUUCUAUAACUCGGAGAGUGCUGACGCUUCACCUUUCACUGAGCCAACGCAAAACGUGACCGAAUCAACGUCUAUUCCAGAGGGAAUUAUGUCGGAGCAGAAGUUGCCUGAAAACCUUAUGCCAAUAUCAAACGCGAUUCCACCCGAACCUCCGGUAUUAAACCAGCCUUUUUUUGAACCGGUCCAGCAACGUCAAGAAUUCCCGCCGCAACAACCUGAAACAAUACCAGAACAACCCGAGCCAAUAUCUCAAAUUCAAGAGCCUGUAAUAGAUAAAAACAAUGACCAGUCAAUUCCGUCGAAAAGCCAAGUUUCUCAGUCAAACUCUAUCGGAUGGCUAGGAACAUUUAAGCAGCAAGUUGCUAAAGCAAUGCCGGGUGUUCAGCCGAUGAACUUGCCAAAUGAUAGCAAUCCACAGAUUAUUUGGGAUUCUGCACAGAAUCGGUAUGUUGGUGAAGGAGUUGAGAAAGAACCCGACGCACCACCGCCGCCAGUUAUGAGCCAGCAAGCUCUGGCAGCGCCAACCGGAAAUAAUGGAAGGCUGCGGUUGAAGAGAGCAGCUGAUCGAUACACGAAUGUUGGGUUUGGGUCAUCGUCAACAAAUUCAAAUAUGCAACCGCCGGCGCUAGCACCUCCAAUGCCCACUGGUUUCGGAUUCAUUCCCGCUCCAACUGAUGACGCCCAAGCAGUUGAUCCAUUCAGUGGAGAAGCGAACCCCUCAAUCCAAAUGAGUGUGACGCAAAAUAAGGAUGAACUGGGAAUGCAGCCCAACUAUCCACAUAAUCCAAUGCAGGCCGGGCCAAUGCCACCAACGGGUCAGAUGCAGCCGGGUCAAAUGUCUGGCCAAAUGCCAGGAAUGAUGCCGCACCAGCAACAUCAUCCGAUGCAUCAGCAUCCUCAGUCGGGAAUGCAGGCUCCUGGAGCUCAGCAUGGAGCGCCUAAUAGCAUGCAACUACAUCAGCAGCAAAUGCAACAGCAAAUGCAGCAGAAGCAUUUUGGGCAACCGGGAAUGCAACAUCCGCCGCAUAUGGGACAGAAUCCGCAUCAGAUGCAGGGCCAGCCGGUGAUGCAACAGCAACAUCAACAGCAACAGCGUCAGCAGCAAGAAAUGUCGGCUGCUCAACAAGCAGCAAUGCAGCAGAAAACGCAGAAUCAAGGAAAAACACAAAUGCAAAUGCAGCAACAUUUAAUGAAGCAACAGCUUCAAGCCGGAAACCCUCAGAUGCCGCCACAACAACAGCAGGCAAAUCACAAGAUUCAAUUAUAA